ACUUUUUCCUGUUAACAAUCGUAACUAACGUAAUAUCUUGUUAUAAAGGUAUUAUAAAAUAGUCCAUGUUUCCUUCGUUCGUAAUAUUUAUCUAAAUGUUCUUAUCAUUUUCGCGCUUUCGUAUUUGUAAUAAAUCACGAACGAAUAACGAAUCACGAGGCGACGUGAUACGUUUGACUGUACAGCGCGAAUCUAAAUUGUUCUGCUUUCGCGGUCAUUGGCCACAGGAUAUCGUUUAAAAAAACGAUCGUUUGACGAAAGAAGAAAGCGAAAUUGUAUUUUUAUUCAAAUCGCUGAAGGUUCGCGAUCUUCUCUUCGCGUUUCACAAUCGCGACUACGUUUCACUCGCACGUACGCGACCUAACGUUUCGACGCGUGAUUUUUUCAUCGUAAAAGCCCGCGUAUCGAGUCGUUUGCGCAAAAAAUCAUCGAUCCUCUUAUCUUAUCAGCGAAACAUACAAGGAUGUCGUGAAAACGUAAAAUGUCGUGAGAAGUCCUGUUGCCGGGUGUCAGUGAAACGUUUAAAGAUUUGUAAAAGAGGAAAUUAAGGAAACGUGGCUCGUGUUGACAAAGAGUAUAGACAGAGCGAGAAUAUCGGGCGCCACGCGUAUUCAAAGCAUCCGGAAGAGAACGUGUGCGCAGAAUGGCUUUCAACUCAACCAUCGAGAAAACUUACGAGGGAAAAAUUGUCAGAGCACGGAAUGUUACGGCACAGAUUAAUACCAACCUCGGAUGUUAUUAACUUUCUAUGGAAUUCGACGAUCAAUCGACAACAACGUACGAUAGGCGUAAUUACGAGCGUAAUUCGGAAAAAACGAAACCUACACGAACACAUGUACCGCCUGCUGCUUAAUUGCUAUAACGCGCGCUCUACUCUGCUCGCGUUACGUGUAUUUUCAUAGUACGCGCACUCUGCAAAUCUUCGCCUCAUCGAACCUUCCACAAACGCGCAAAAAGUCCACGAUCUAGGUGCAACAAAACGAAUUCUACUUCUCGUUAAGUAAACGAAUUACUUCCGCGCCACGGACAUUUCCUUCCUGCAGUUGCCGUAGCGAUAAGACAGCCUGCGCCGAUCAAUCUGCCCCUUUGUUCUGCCAGUAAAUUAUCUCGAGCCAGAAGCAACGCGAUCGAAUCGUUGUGUUGAUCGAUGAUAAGCUGUGACCAGAUCGCCUAUUCGCGUACCCGCACAGAGAGGAGUAGGGUGAGAUUGCGCGUUACCCGGAAGUGGCAGGGAUAUUGUGUCGGUGAUACGCGUCCGUAGCCGAUGGAGAAAUAAGAAGAAACGCGGGAAACAGAAAGCGAAACGGGCGCAGCGAAGGUUUAGGCGGUGAGACAGUAUCGACAGUCCCGUGGAAGAAAAGCGGCGAUAGCAGAGCGAGCAAGCGAGAAAGAAGUUUCGGCGAAAGGGGGGUGGGGGUUGUGAAAUGCAAGCAAGGAUGCAGAGGUGGUGUGGCAGGCGAAUCAGGACCAGUUUCAGGUCUGCGUUCACGUCAUACCCACGUUGCUACGUGCUGUCGACGGAUCGGAAGAGAAGGAAGAAGAAGAAGAAGAAGAAGAAGAAGAGGAGGAGAAACGGAGGAGUAGCGUGUUUUGGGCCAUUGUGCUUUAAUUAAGGGCUUAGAGGCGGAGGAAGAAGAGAGAAAAUAGAAAAUUAAAAAAGGACCAUGUUUCUUCGAGUGUUUUUCGUUUUGUUGGUCAGUGUGGUGACCUUGAGCAGAGCACAGUUUCGGUGUCCCGAGCCGAAGGGUUUCUUCUCGGAUCUGGAACAGUGCGAUCUUUAUUACGUUUGCAUAGACGGCAAGGCGGAGGAGAAGCUGUGCAAAGACGGUCUCGUCUUCAGAGACGACAACCCUAAGAAGGAACUCUGUGAUAUUCCAGCUAACGUGCCUUGCGGAGACAGGACUCUCCUUCAGGAACCACAGCCGAGCAAAGGAUGUCCACGAGCUAAUGGCUACUUCAAACACGAGGAUCCAACCGCUUGCGAUCGUUUCGUGAAUUGCAUCGAUGGCGUGGCGCAAAUAAUGCCCUGUCCGCCUGGUCUGAUCUACGAAGACAAAAUGUCUAGCUGUGUCUGGCCAGCAGAUGCCAGUAGAUUGUGCGAGAACGUGAAGAGAGACGUUCUCGACGAUGGAUUCGUUUGUCCCGAUGGCGAUGUGCCCGGACCACUCGGCAGGAUUCUACCCCAUCCUACCUAUCCUCAUCCGGAGGAUUGUGCCAAGUUCUACAUUUGCAAAAAUGGCGUGGUGCCGCAGAAGGGACAAUGCGAGCCUGGUACCGUUUACAGCGAGGACAGCUUCAAGUGUAUGGAUCCGGAGAGCGUGCCUGGAUGCGAAGACUACUACAAAAACAAGAACUGAAUAAAGACAAGGUGCCAGUUACUCAGCGAUCACGUCUGUAACGCUUAAUUUUUUACACUUAGGAACAAUAAACCCGUGAUACACUUA